GUUAUGACACAUUUGCUAUGUUGGCUUGUGCUAAUAUUUUCAAUGUUGCGGAUUUAUAUCAGCCCAUAUCUACAGUAGAAAACGGUUACAAGUUAUAUUCACUUGCCAUCAACAAUUCUUCUCUGCAGUAUAUUCCUCAUGAUCUAUUUAAAAAUACCGGAUUACAGAAGUGACAAUGAUUUGCAAACAUUACCUACAGAUUUCUUCACUAACAUGCCAAAUUUAAAAACGCUUCAGCUCGACGAUAAUAAGUUCGUUACAUUAGCUGAAGAUGUAUUUACUUGGCCACUGGAGCAUUUAAUGACUUUUACUCUUAAAGGAAACCAAUUUCGAUGCGACUGUCGUUUACGCUGGUUGGUUGGUCGACGGGUACCAUUCGACUUUAUUGCCGAAUGUGCUUUACCUGAUUCUGUAGCAGGCACGCAGUUGAAAUAUCUCCAGCUAAAGCAACUAUGGUGUUGAAUUUAGUAGAUGCUAUAAAUGUUUUAGAAACAUAACUGUUCCAUUAGUCUCUACUUGCUGAAUAUACUGUAUCUGAAACUUUAAACCAGCAUUGAUAUAUUUAUUUACACAUAUUGCUCUGUGAUUACAAAAAUGUGCUACUGUGUUUUAUAAAUAUUUACCAUGUUUAUCAAAUUUUCGUACUUAAAACGAAUACUUAAAUAGAUAGGAAAUCCUUCCUGUUUCUAAACUAGGCAUUAUGAAAAAAAAAUAGUCAUUUUUGAGAUUUCGUUAAUAUUUAACUUGAUCUCAGAAAAUUAAAAAUAUGUAGUUGAGAAAUUCGCUGUUAGAAAAAUAAUACAUUUAAGAAAUCCUUCUGCAUGGCAAUAUAGUUAUUUAGCACAGUUUUUCAAUAAACACUGGAUUCUCCAUUGGUAUUCUACUAACCUAAAAAUAGCUAUGUAUCUCAUUUAUACUACUAAAUUUAUUAGUUGGAUCUAAAACUCUGUUGCUCUGAAAUAAAAUAAAAAGGUUCAUUUUUAAAAGUGAUGAUGCAUAAUUUUUGCAUACAAAUUUUGUUAUGCGAAGUAUGGCGAUAUUUGGACUUUAAAGGAAUUAGAGAUGUGAUAAUAAUUAUUGCAAUAAUUUGACUGUUUCCGGGGAUUAUUUUCAAAUGAAUUAUCAGAAACUGUUACAGAUUCUGCAUUUAGUUUAUAGAAAAGUGUUGAGACUUUUAAUUUGAAAUAAAUUCAAGGAAUUAUUAAAAUUUAUAAGUUAUUCUAAAAGUUUAUCUCUUUAAGUUGCAAAGAAUAAUUUGAUGAAUACAUUAAUGCUUAUUUCCUCGCGUAUAUUUAUUUAUCCGGCUUUCCUUUUCAGUUUAAUGAAUUAGUUAUAACUCCAAUCGGAGUGAAAAUUUUCCAUCCACAACAUAAAAUAUUUACGUAAAAAAAGUUUCAUCAAAAUAUGACUACACUAUUAUUACUUUGAUGUCUGUAGGAAUGUAUAAUGUAUGUCCCUAAUACACAGAAUGUUAUUUAUUAAAUAUCUUCAACAUACGAGUACAGACACAUGAACUCUUUAUAAAGAUUUUAAAACAAACUUAAGUAAAAUGCACUGUUAUAUUUAUUUUUUUUAAUUGUUGAGAUGUAUGAUAAAAAUUGUGCAAGAUGAAUGCUGAAUUUUAGUUCUCUGAAGUUUAGAAAGUGAAUGAGAUAACUGCACCAAAAAUGUGAAAACUGAAAUGUAUACUACGCAAAUGUACAACAUGAAAAAUAUAUUUGAAUUUAUACAUACAACGCGAGAUGGUUGAGUAUUCAUAUGUCCUAACUAAUUUUCUAUGAAAAUAAAAUAUGUGUUUAAAUGCGUAUGAUAGUAUUACCUCAGUUACAGAGCUGUUACAGUAUAAUAAAUCGUUUAUUGCAACAAUGCUCACUCAGAGAUCACUCACAUAAUUGUUUACCUAAUGUAAGUUAUACAUGAUUCUGUGAAAUACUGUUAACUUUCUUCUGUUAGAGUAUGAUAGUUUGUUAAUAAAGAAAAAUAAACGGG